AUGACGAAUCGUUUUGAUGAUGAACAAAAACCAUUUUUAUUUAUUGAUGACAUUGAAAAAUCACCAUAUAAAAUUGCUAAUAUCAAUCUAGCUGAAUUAGGUAGAAAAGAAUUAUCAACGGCUGAUGAUGAAAUGGCAGGAGUAAUGUUAUUGAGAGAAAUCUAUACUCCUAAACAACCAUUGAAAGGUGUUCGUCUUGCUGAAUGUUUACAUUUAACAGCACAAACUGGAGUUAUGAUUGAAACAUUUCGUCAAUUGGGUGCACAAAUUCAAUGGAGUUCUUGUAAUCCAUUAUCAACACAAGAUCAUGUAGCAGCUGCAUUAGUUAAAACUGGUAUACCUACUUAUGCAUGGAAAGGUGAAACUGAAGAAGAAAAAUUAUGGUGUAUUGAUCAAACAAUCUACUUUGCUAAUGGUCAACCAUUAAAUGCCAUUUUAGAUGAUAGUUGUAAUUUAACACGAAUUAUACAUGAAAAAUAUCCACAUUUAACAAGUAUGAUAUAUGGUAGUAGUGAAGAAACAACAGCUGGUAUAACAAAAUUACGUAAACUAUUCAAAAAUAAUAAAUUAAAAAUUCCAGUUAUUAAUGUUAAUGAUAGUGUUACAAAAUCAAAAUUUGAUAAUAAUUGUGGAUGUGGUAAAAGUCUUAUUGAUGGUAUCAAAGGUGCUACAGAUGUUAUGAUUGGAGGAAAAAUAGCAGUAGUGAUUGAAUAUGAUAAUAUAUUUGUAUCAGCUACUGGUUCAACAGGAUUAAUUCGUGAUGAACAUAUGAUGGAAAUGCGUGAUAUGGCUAUUUUAUGUAAUAUUGGUUCAGGACAAACUGAAAUUGAUGUUGUAUGGUUAAAAGCAAAUGCAGUCAAAAUUGAAAGUGUUAAACCACAAGUUGAUAUUUAUCAUUCAUCAAGUGGUCGUGCUAUUAUUUUACCUGCUGAUGGUCAUGUUGUUAAUCUUUCUUGUGCUCAUGGUAAUCCAAGUUUUGUGAUGAGCAAUUCAUUUUCGAAUCAAAUUUUGGCACAAAUUCAAUUAUUUACAAAAAAAGGACAAUAUUCAGUUGGAAUUCAUAAUCUCCCAAAAACUUUGGAUGAGGAAGUCGCUUUGGCACAUUUAGAUUAUUUAGGUGUCAAAUUGGAAAAACUAACAGAGACACAAUCGAUAUAUCUAGAUUUACAUCCAAAUAGACCAUUCAAACCUGAAUAUUAUCGUUAUUGA